UGUUUCUUAUCCUAAAGAGGAACAAAGCAGUGAGAUGAGAACAAAUUUUUAUGUUUUUAUCCAGCACAGGCAGUUUGGGAAUCUGUAGUCCAAAGUGUCUGAGAUUUGAAUACGUUGUGAUGUUUCCAAGACUAAGAAUGCAAGUCCCCCAUCUACAAAAGUACGAGGCAAUCUGAUCUGUGGCUAAAUUAAAGAACUUCAUGUGUUUAAAUGCAUGCGGUGUGCGAAUCUGAUGUUCCCUUUGACUUUUUUGCCUCUCUUUCUUGCAGGCUUUUUGCUGCUAAGUGCAGUGGCUGCAUGGAAAAAAUUGCCCCAACAGAAUUCGUGAUGAGAGCCCUGGAGUGCGUUUACCACUUAAGCUGCUUCUGUUGCUGUGUUUGUGAGCGACAGCUGAGAAAAGGGGAUGAGUUUGUUCUUAAGGAAGGGCAGUUGCUCUGUAAAAGUGACUAUGAGAAAGAGAAGGACCUGCUGAGCUCCGUCAGCCCAGAUGAUUCCGACUCAGUUAAAAGCGAUGAUGAAGAUGGAGAUGUUAAGCCCACCAAAGGACAAGUAACACAAGGAAAAGGAAGUGAUGAUGGGAAGGACCCAAGGAGACCUAAACGACCAAGGACAAUACUCACUACACAGCAGAGACGGGCAUUCAAAGCAUCCUUUGAAGUGUCUUCCAAGCCCUGUAGGAAGGUCAGAGAAACUUUAGCAGCUGAAACGGGACUCAGUGUGCGAGUUGUCCAGGUUUGGUUUCAAAACCAAAGAGCAAAGAUGAAAAAACUAGCACGAAGGCACCAGCAGCAGCAGGAGCAACAAAACUCUCAGCGACUAGGGCAAGAAGUAAUGUCUAACCGAAUGGAAGGGAUGAUGACAUCUUACACACCACUUGCACCACCACAGCAGCAGAUUGUAGCAAUGGAUCAAAGCAGUUAUGGCACAGACCCAUUUCAGCAGGGUCUGACCCCUCCACAAAUGCCAGGCGACCACAUGAACCCUUAUGGAAACGACUCCAUUUUUCAUGAUAUCGACAGUGAUACCUCUUUAACUAGCUUGAGCGACUGUUUUCUUGCCUCUUCUGAAGUUAACUCCAUGCAGGCUAGGGUAGGAAACCCCAUUGACAGGCUGUACUCUAUGCAGAGCUCGUAUUUCGCCUCAUGAAAAUAAACGAAAACAAACAGCCGGCGUGUACUUAGCCAGUGACUUUUUCCAGUGCAGACUCUACAGCCAUAUGUUGCCCAGCUCUUCCUUCACAGUGACUCCUGCUGCCUCUGGACUGCAAAGAGCAUUUUUAGGAAGACUAUAUUUGUGUGCAUAUAUGUAUGUAUGUACGUGCAUAUAUCUGUACCUACCUACCUACAUACAUACAUAUAUAAACAAAACACAUCUACCAGUCACAUACCCUUGAUUCUCAGCUUGCACCAGACCAAGAGAGAAGCAUGAAAGGAACAGAAGACUCUGCUCUUCAGCAGCCUUUGUUUUGGUUUGGUUUGAGCUCUCCGUUGUAAAGGAAAUGGAUUUUGUGGAAAGCUAGACCUUUUCCUCCUUUCUCUCUUCCUUUCUUUUGGAUGUUUAAAUUUUUUUUAAGCCACUGAUACUGACAUCAGUCAACCAUAUGACAAAUAAAUCAAAGAAACUGGAGGUUCCUCCCUUUUCUUACUGCAUGAUUCAUACUAUGUUGUGGAUAAAUUGCCAUUUGAACUGUGAGAAGUUAAUGUAAAUGUGACGUUCAACAUUUGUUUCCUUUCUACACUUUUUCUACAUAACCUAGAUCUGCUCAUUAGUUUAUAGCCCUUAUACAUAUGGUACUGAGGAAACUGGUUAACAGUAAUAUUUGUGGAGAAAGCCAGUGAUUUUGUAAUAAGAAAGGUCUAUGACCCUGGAGAUGAGAUGCAUGUUAGGGACAGAGGCGUUUAGAUUAGUAUUGAUCUUAAAUAAUUAAAACUAAAGGUGCUUACAAGACAGAGUUUUAUUUAAUUUUUCUGAAGUGUGAGAAUAAAACAUUUACUUUUGUUUGUAAGUAUUUCAGUGCCAAAUUUUAAGUCUAGAAUAUGAUUGGCAGAUGUGUUGUUCAUUCUGUUCUGUUUAUUUAUAUUUUGCAUGAGGCAUAAAUGUGCUAUACUCCAUUGUCCAUCUGGAAUAAUUAAGCACUCCUUUAGUUAAUUGUCUUGCCUCAGCAAGGAUCUAUGGUACACAAUUCUAGCCUGAGCCAUCAGAAGUCCUCAAACGUGCACCAACUGGGAAAAAAUAGUAGAAAAGAGAUCGCAAUGGAAGGUUUGGAUGUAUUGAACUGGAGUCAAAUCGAACGCCUGCAGGUUUCACACUGAUGGGACUCCUGAAUUCAUAAUAAAUACUCCAACUAACCUUGUAGUAGUGCAAACCGAGGAGCAAGAACUGCUUGCACUGAAGGGAAUGUCCCAGUUGAAGUCUGAUCGUCUCAGACUCUGAAGUCUGAGCAUAUGUCAUAUAGGUUUUCGUAGGGCAUAAAAUAUCAUAAAUAAUAAUAGCAUAGUUAUGAAUAUUGCCUGGUGAUAAUUAUAAUGCGGAGAGGCAGACAAGUACAGUCAUGGUUCUUAGUGGAGAAAACUUCAUGGGGAAAAUUUGCCAGGGUAAUAUCAGUAAUUACAGGGUGUGUUCAAAAUAGAGCUCAUGGGGAAAGAUUGGCAGGAUAGAACUUUCUGAAACAAAUACCUUUACUGUAUUGACCAUAACAGCCAAAACCAAGUCCAGAGCACUGGAUGACAUUGGGCCAAGGACUGGCAGUGCGGCAGAGCUGCAGCCUGCAGGGGUCACAGCAGGCACAAGAGCAGGGUCGCUCCUGGGCCCUGGCUGAGGGGCAGCUCGCCCUGCAGGGAGCUCCCACUGCGCCACCGCCGUCCUGCCGGGCAGCGCCGCCAGGCCGCUCGCCUCUUCUGGUGCAGAGCAGCUCCCCGUGAGCCCAGGACGGGUGGGAGGCAGGGAUCAGGUGCCAGGUCUGAGGAAACAAAUACAUUCACGGUUCUCUCCGGAAUGGAAACGUGGACCGUGAGUUAGAGGUUUAUUAAGCAAGCAAACUUUUAUCUCUGAGAUAAGUUAAUCCGGCCUCGCUCUAUGGAGGUGAGGCAAGCACUGGGGGAAAAGACUUCGUGCAUACAGUACAGCAGUGAGGCACAGACCUGGAGGUAGACCCCUCCUGCUGCUGCACGGCAGCCAAACCCAUACCUGCUCUCCACACGACUCCCGGUGCCCAGAGGAUCCCAUGGCCCCACGCUGGCGCUGGAGGAUGCCCCCCUCCCUGCAGCUGCCCAUCUCGUCUCUCUGAGGAGUUGGGGCCUUUACACCCCUGUGCUUUUGCUAGUGACAUUCUCUCACUUUCUUUUUAGUUGAAGGCUGUGAAAGCCCUGAUGUGUUUUGAAAUUGGAAGAAUUUUCUUUUCUUAUCCAUCCUUCCCUUUCCUUGUGUAUUAAAAUAAAGAACUUCCUUUCUCUCUGCAUGGUAAUAAAUAUUUAUAAAGAACUCAGGUGAGCUGUACUGCUUGCAGGGCAGAAGGCAAGCACUUUUUGUAUGGCACAUUAUAAACAUUUGUAACCACCAAUCUCAAUGGAUUCACUAUGUUUUCUUCCCCAUCCUCUCCUAUGCUCCUUUAGAGUCAUAGAAAAGCAUCCUGACCAUCUCAAACAUACUGGGUUUAUAAACUAGACACAAAUCUUGCUUUGUCCCUCAUUAUUGGCAGAAUCAAAAUGAUAUUUUUAAUGUAAUCAGAGACUUGUAUAUGAGAGCUAUAAUGUGACCUGCAGAACUGCUUUGUCCCAACUCUACCUCUGCUUCUGCCCGGGCUGUUGAAAAUACAAUCCAUUUCCAAGAAAAGGAUCAGAUAUCCCAUUUGAUAGCUAAAAUAGCCAUAAUCCUUUGUUGUUCUUUAGAUGGCUGUUUGCCACCCUUUCUUUCUCUUUCAUUGCAGUGUACCUGUAUCUACCAUCUCUUUUCCAUCAGUGUGUUGUGUGAUGGUGUCAUAGCUGUUUGCUGCCCCGUAUUCCUCCGCCUCUGGUGCCACAGGCACUACACAGUUGAGCCGUCUGGCAUGCAUAAUGUUCUCUUGCCACCGUGUGCUGCUGGUCAAGAGAAGGAAUGCAUAGCCGAAGGUUUCCAGCAGACCCAUUAUAUCUGGCAAAGGCCAAAGUUCACUAAA